UUGGAGCAAUUACUGGAAGAAAUUUCAAUGCAUUCGAAGCCUAUAAAUUUCUUUAUUUUUUGUUACAUUUUACAUCAAAAGCUUGAAUAUUUUUGAAGCAAUGGAAACUAUGAACAAGAGAUUUUCGAGAGUGAGUUUAGUCGCUGUUUUGCUUGUUCUUAUCGCAGUUCAAGUCAAUGGUUUCUUCCCUUUCGAUUACGAAUCUGAAUUUGCUCAAAAUUCUUUAGAUUUCCAAAAUUUUCCAUCAAAUUCCGAUUCCGAUGAAAAUUCAUUGUUUUCAGAAUCUCAUGUUUAUGAGCCCCAAUCCCAAUACUUUCACCAGGUAAAUCCUGAAGAAACAUCUUUGCUUUCACAAUCUGAACUUCCUCAUGAUUCAUUUCAAACUCAAAAUUUUGAAUCCACCAAUCUACCUUUCGAAACUCAGCAAUUUCCUUUUGAAAUAAAUGCAAACCAUAGAAUCAAAUCACCAUCUCCAUCACCGGCACCAUCACCUGUACAAGUGUCAUCACCAGCACCGUCACCUGUAGAAGUGCCCUCACCGGCACCGUCGCCUGUCGAAGCUCCACAUCCUCCAAAACCGAAUCCAGACAACAUUUGUAAAUUGAAGUGUUCGACGAAAUGCCUAAAACAAGAAAUUCCAAUUCUCCACAACUUAUGCUGCAGAGUCUGCAAGUUAAGAUGCUUAUACCAUUAUGCGGAUCUCAUCUACACUUGUACUAAUCGUUGUGCAGAAUCCAUGCCCAAUACCUUCAAGUCUGAUGAGAAGAAAGAAGCUGCAUAUGUGAAAUACUGCUACAAAAAAUGCACCAAGAAUUUCUAGGCUUUUUCUAUUUAAUAUUUUAGAUUUUAUUUAUAAUGUUAGAAAAUUUGUUCAUUAUUAAAUAAAAUCCAAGAUCCAUU